AUGAGUAUACCGAUAUUUAAACCCGUGACUCACGUCAUUUUUGGUUUAGACGGAACGCUAUUAGAUACGAUGCGAAAUCAUAGAAAAAUGUUUACGAGAAUUGUCAAUGAUUAUGGUAAAGUAUUCCCCGAUGAUUUGCUUUUACAAAUCCUCGGUAAACAAGAAAUGGAUAUUGCUAAUUAUAUCAUCUACGCAUUGCAACUUAAUUUGACACACCAAGAAUUUUUACAAAAAAUUCGUGACGAGGAAGAAAAGACACUAAAAAACGCAACACUUAUGUAUGGAGUCGAAGAUCUUUUGGAGCAUUUCCAUCGACAAAAAAUUCCUAUGGCAGUGGCAACGAGUUGCUCAAAGAAGAGUUUCUUAUUGAAAACGGAUCAUCUGAAAGACAUAUUUUCAGUAUUCCAUCAUGUAGUCACCGGGUCUUCCGACCCGGAAGUAAAAAACGGUAAACCAGCGCCAGACAUCUUUAAAGUAUGUGCUUCCAGAUUUCCUGGGAAUCCCAUGAACAGCGAGUUCUUAGUGUUUGAUAAUUCGCCAAACGGAGUGACUGCGGCUUUAGCAGCUGGCAUGCAAGUGGUCAUGAUACCUGAUCCCAUAUUGUCAGUAUGGUAUAACAUGUCGAGCGCCAACGCUACGUAUGUGUUAAACUCCUUGGAAGAUUUCCGUCCGGAAAUGUUUUCACUACCAGCAUAUUCAGCUAUAUAG